AGAGCCAACCAUACAACCGGAAACACCGUAUCAAAAAGUUCAUGUGCGCACGCGCGUCUCUGUGUCUUCCUUUCUGACUCUCGAGCGAAAGAGACAAGAUGGGCCAUCAGCAACUCUAUUGGAGUCACCCCAGAAAAUUCGGACAGGGAUCUCGAUCCUGCCGGGUAUGCUCGAACAGGCACGGCCUGAUCCGUAAAUACGGACUCAACAUGUGUCGCCAGUGCUUCAGGCAGUACGCUAAAGACAUCGGAUUCAUCAAGCUGGACUAGAUGUUCUGCCCUGCUUUGUCCUUAGAGGGUCCCGCUUAAACGGAACGGCCACGAUGGGAUAAAAAUUGGUGGAAAUAAAUGUUUUCUCUUUGUCCAACUUAAA